UUAUCGACACAACGAUGCGGUCAGUUGUUAUGGUUACUAAUUGCAAACACAGGGCCGAUACUGUCCCACACACAAUAAUCCUUUUAUUUUAAGAUAAGUAAAUCAUAUUUUAAAUAACGAUGGAUUGGGCUACGGAUUUAGAAAUUACAUCGAAGAAGCUUAUACCUAGACUCGGCAGAAGAGCAGGUCAAAAUAUUAUACAAGAAGAAUCAAAAUCAGACGACGAUUUGUUAAAUAGUCCAAUGUCAUUUUCUUCAGGACGCUUGACGCAACCACCUGUGGCGCCACCUCGUGCCAGAAAAACUGGUUGGGGUGACGAUUUGAAAGGCAGCAAGACAAAAGCAUCAUCUAAUGUCAUCGAACAAUUAUUCCUUAGGGAUCGAUUUCGAUCUACAGAAAAAGAGAAUCAACCAGAUGAUAUUCCUGUGAUUCCGGAUUUAGAUGAGAUCCAAGAAGACAAUAUUGUCUCUGAUUUAUCAAGCGCACCUGUUAGGAUUGACACGAACAGAGUAACGGCUUAUAAAGAAUUAGACACGGAUUUAAUUAAAAACGAAGCAUUUACAUCAUUGGAUGGUAUCAGUCUGUUUUCUCUUACUGAAAAAUUAUAUAACGAAAAUUUAGUUAAGGAACCCGACGAAGCUUGGAAUUGGAAUCUUCUGUUCACACAAAUUGCAUCUGAAAUAAACAACGAGGCACAGAAAACAUUAAAUGUUUAAAAACAUAUUUAUACGUAUGAAUGUAAACAUAAUUGUAUUAGUUAUUUUUUAUACUUGAAAUGUAAUAAAAAUUAUUUCCUACACUUUA